AUGUCAAUCCACCGGAGCCUUGGCGAGGCAUUUUUCAUCAUGAUGGGAUUUGGGGCACCAAGCGGCAUCAUGGUCGCUGUGCAUGCAUUUGGCGCAGCUGAAAACCCCUCAGUUCGCUUAUCUAUCAUGCUAACAGGCGUGCUGACCAUCUGUUUCCUUGCCACCUCAUUUUUCUGCAUCGCGACUAACGUCACUCUAUCACGUCUCCGCCUCAAGCUCCACGGGGCAUCCAAUCCCGAUGCUCGAGAUCUCUCACGAUACAGAGCGAUCGACAUUCGGCGCCACCGAGAGUUUAUCCUUCGAACACUAGCUGUAAUGUCGACCGGAUCAUUCUCCUCAGUGUAUCUAAUUAUACCAGAGGUUAUGGGCUGGACCCUCGGCUACGUGGCAUUCUCUUGUGGUACCUUGAUCGACGAUCUUGCUGUUUCCCCUGAGCCAUCGCAUUUAUGGAAGACUUACCCCGCUUGCAUGGCGGAGAAUGGCGGUCAUGCAGGUACUAUUGUCGCCGUGAAGGCUGAUCUAAGUGGAUCCCUCGAGGAACUCACUGCUUGGGGCCGUGCGGGAAUCGGCAUGGCCUUCUGGGCUGCCCUAGUUCUGCACUUAAUCUUGGCAGAGAUAUACAUUCGAAUGAAAUCCAACGAUGAUGAUAGCCGGAUGGUCUCUAAGCCCAUGCACAUCGGACCUAGUCACAUUGCAUAG